CCUCCAAUUUCUUCCCCUCUUGUUGUCUCUUCUUGUUUUUUUUCUCUCUCUUCCUCCGAAGCUAAGCUUCAGCUUGGAGGGUCCAUGGUCCACUUUCUGGAUCUCACCGUCACCGCCACCGUCACACCUUCCCAAUGCUCCUUCAACCUCUCCUCUUCCCCGUGACUCACUGGCGCGGGGAGAUACCUCUUCAUCGCCAACCUUCUCGUUUCGAUCUCGAUUCUCCCUGAGAUUUUUCUUUCUCUCUCUCUCUCUGUUCCCGAGUUUUAGGGUUUUGACGGAGACCGAUAACACGCGCGCACACGACGUCGUUUCGUUUGAACACGACGAAUGAUGCCGGGGCACCGCUCGAAGUCGGAGAAGCACGACGGCGGCGAGAAACAGCUCCGGCGGGAUCCCUAUGAGGUCCUUGGCGUCUCGCGCAACUCCACGGAUCAGGAAAUCAAAACCGCGUACCGAAAAAUGGCGCUCAAAUAUCAUCCGGACAAGAAUGCAAAUGAUCCUAAAGCAGCUGAUAUGUUUAAAGAGGUUACAUUUUCUUAUAAUAUCCUCUCAGAUCCUGACAAACGGCGUCAAUAUGACUCAGCUGGCUUUGAGGCUGUUGAAUCAGAUAACCAAGAGUUGGAAUUAGAUCUUUCAAGUUUGGGAGCUGUCAAUACAAUGUUUGCAGCACUUUUUAGUAAACUUGGCGUGCCAAUUAAGACAACUGUAUCUGCAUCUGUUUUGGAAGAGGCACUCAAUGGUUUAGUGACCAUUCGUCCACUUCCAUUAGGACAUUAUGUAUCUAAAAGGGUUGAGAAGCAAUGUGCACACUUCUAUUCAGUUACAAUAACAGAAGAGGAGGCACGAGCUGGAUUUGUUUGUCGAGUACAGUCAUCAGACAAAAGCAAGUUCAAGUUACUAUAUUUUGAUCAGGAAGACAAUGGUGGUUUAAGUCUUGCACUCCAGGAAGACAGUGCAAAAACAGGGAAGGUUACCUCUGCUGGGAUGUAUUUUCUUGGGUUUCCUGUUUAUCGAUUGGACCAAACAAUGAACUCUAUAGCUGCUGCUAAGGAUCCAGAUACAUCGUUUUUUAGAAAGCUGGAUGGGUUUCAGCCUUGUGAAUUAAAUGAAUUGAAGGCUGGUACCCAUGUAUUUGCUGUUUAUGGUGACAACUUUUUCAAAAGUGCAAAUUAUACAAUAGAAGCCCUAUGUGCUGCACCUUUUAGUGAAGAAAAAGAAAAUUUAAGAAGUAUAGAAGCUCAAAUCUUGUCUAAAAGGGCCGAAAUAUCAAAGUUUGAGGCAGAAUAUCGAGAGGUUCUGGCUCAAUUCUCAGAGAUGACAAGUAGAUAUGCACAUGAAAUUCAAUCAAUUGACGAGCUACUGAAGCAUAGGAAUGAAAUACAUGCAUCAUACACUAUUACUCCCUUUAAACGGAGUACAAGUAAGAGCAGAAGUAAAAGUUCUUCCAAGGAAAACAAAGAAGAUGGCCAAACAAGAGAGAAGAGGAGUACAAGAGAUCGGCCAAAGAAGAAGAAAUGGUAUAACCUCCAUUUAAGAGUCGAUAAGAGAAAGGCUUGCUAAGCACUCGUACAAGUUAAGAAGAAGCCCUUGACAAAGCAACAUAAAAUGUUGUUAGAAGGUUGUCUAUCACUCAAGCUUGUCAGGGAUGACAACAACUCAUUGUUUAUGUAUAAUCCCUUUCCCCUUUUCUUUUAUUUCUCUCUAUGUAGUUCAUCUUAAGAAUUCGUACUUGUAAAUUGUUUGAUUUAUUGAUGAAGCAUGAUUAACUCUCUGAGCGGGUUGUAAUUUUGUUUACAAGUAAUGGCAAAUCAUUGGAGGAUAGGGUCAGGUAUUUUCUUGCUUAA